AUGCCCGCCUCGCAGAAGGUGGAUAUAUACGUCCUGCCUACCGGCUAUCUCUGGCUGCCUGACCGGUGGAUCUUUUCCGAUGGCGAGUCAGGGCUGCGUCAUCUGUCUCCGGACUAUAGUUUUCUCAUAUGCCACCCAUCGGGCAAGAAGGUGCUGUUUGACCUGGGUAUGCGAAAAGACCUAGAACGAAAUCCACGAGUAAUCAGGGAGGAUUACGCAGUGAUUGAGCCAUACGUGCCUAAAGACGCCCAUGACUUGCUUGCAGAAGGACCAAUCCACCCCGAACAGGUCGAUAUUGUGGUACUAAGCCACUUGCAUUUCGAUCAUUCGGGGAACGUUGAACGGUUUCCCCGCGCCCGAAUCGUGGUGGGACCUGGGACUCGAGAUUGUAUCCAGCCAGGCUAUCCCGCAGCCGAUGGCUCGCCGUUCGAUGGCUCUGUUCUUGUGCACGACGGUUUUACCGAACUGAAGAAUUCGGAUUACCAGAAGUUCAGGACGGGUUCAGUGCCAUUUGGCUUUCCGUUUGACGAAGGUGUCGAUCUCUUCGGAGACGGAUCUCUCCUUAUCCUGAAUGCUCCUGGUCACAUGCCUGGCCACCAAAUGGCACUCGCACGCACCGGUGAAGACGAAUGGGUCGCUAUGGGCGGUGACUGCUGUCACCACCGGAACUUGCUGGACGACCCGACUCGUGAUAUCAGCGUCGACGUGGGACCCAACGGGCAGCCAGGGUUUCACAAAGACCCAACCAGCGCGAGAGACACGAUCCGCAAGACUCGGUCGUUGCACUCGAGCGAGAGCGUGUUCGUUGCGCUGGCACACGAUGCCCAGGUGGACGGAAUCAUUCCGUUGUACCCUAAGAAGCUGAAUGGGUGGCGGGCAAACGGCCUCAAAUCGAAGGUGCGCUCGGAGGUAUUGACGUUGGCAGAGGUCCAGGACAGAUACCACGAUUAG